UCUCGCGGCAGGUGCCAGGCAGGGCACAAGUGAUCUGCUGAUCCAGGCGGCGGCGGCGGGAGGACCCCCGCUCCGGGCGGCCGGCCGGGGGCGCCCUUCUGCACCCCAGGGCUCGGGCCUGUGGGCUACCGGGAGCCGCGGGCAGACCAUGAAGGGCGGAGCCCUUGGGGAGGGGCCGGCCCUCACACCCCGCUCCCCGACUCCCCCCCUACCCCAGGCCGCAGCCUGGGAUCCCCCAGGGACUCCCCCGGAGCCGCCGCCUACCCCAUGGACUUUCCCGGGGACUCCAGCCCGCCUGGCCAGCCGCGUCUGUGCCGCCAGCCCCUUGCUCGAGCGUUAUGGGGUGCUGGGAGCCCGAAACGGCCGAGGCUACAGCCCCUGGGGGCCCCUUCUCCCCUGGAAAAGGCCUCUCGGCGGGUCCUGGCCGUGGUGCUGGAAGAUGUCAUGGCUGCCCACAUGGUCCCUUUGGUGUCCCAAGAGGAGACCUCCAUCCCACGGCACCACAGCUACCAUCAGGAUUCUGUCCGCAUCCAGCCACCUGCCUCACUACCCCGGCAGGCUGUGUGGUCUUCGCAGGCCAGGCCUCCGGACCCACUGCAUUUGUGCCGAGAGCCCUUGAGCCGCAUCCACCGGUCCUCUUCUACUCUGAGGCGGCGAUCAAAGACAAACCCUGGCCCAGAGGAGGGCCCUUCACAAAAGGUGGACCGGGUCCCCCAGCCCACCCUGGUGGUGAUGCUAGAAGACAUUGCCAGUCCCAGACCCCCAGCUGAGGGCUUCGUCAGUGAGACCCCCAAUUUCAUCGUCCCAGCACAAAGAGCUGAGCCCGUGACGAUGGUUGACCAGCCAACACCUCCACCCAGGGACCUAGAAGCCCUGUUCCAGCCUUCCGUCCUGCCUGCAAAUCCUUCAGAGGGCCCACCACCAGCCCCAGAUCCUGCUCUGGAGCCCCCAUCCACUCCACCACCGUCCAGCCUUUUACGUCCCCGCCUCAGUCCCUGGGGCUUGGCCCCCCUCUUCCGUUCCGUCCGCUCCAAGCUGGAGAGCUUUGCUGACAUCUUCCUCACACCCAAUAAAGCCCCACGGCCCCAGCCCCCAUCAUCCCCCAUGAAGCUGGAGUUGAAGAUCGCCAUCUCAGAGGCUGAGCAGUCUGGGGCUGCUGAGGGCACUGCAUCUGUCAGCCCCCGGCCCCCUAUCCGCCAGUGGCGGGCUCAGGACCACAAUACCCCAGCACUCCCUAAGCCCUCUCUGGGCCGAAGCCACUCCUGCCCUGAUCUGGGACCCCCUGGCCCAGGCACCUGCACCUGGCCACCUGCUCCGCCCCAACCAAUACGGCCACGGCCACGGAGGCACACUGUGGGUGGUGGGGAAAUGUCCCGAGCCCCACCACCCCCUCGGCCCUGUCUCCGGAAAGAGGUCUUCCCUCUCGGAGGAGUGGGAGCCUCCCCUUCUCUCGCCACAUCUUGCUUGCCCACGGCAUCCACUUCCUCCUUCUCCGAACCAGCCGAACCCAGCAGGUUGGGCUCAAUCAAGGGGAAGGAGCCAACUGAGGGGAAGGACCAGGUGCUUUCAGACCCUGAGACCAAGACCAUGGGAAAGGUCUCUCGAUUCAGAAUACGCAGGACACCAGCCCGUCCUCAGCUAAACCUUACACCAAUGGGGCUGCCCCGACCAAUCAGGUUGAACAAGAAGGAGUUCAGCUUGGAAGAAAUUUACACCAACAAGAAUUACCAAUCACCCACAACCAGGAGGACCUUUGAGACCAUCUUUGAGGAACCCCGGGAACGAAAUGGGACUCUGAUUUUCACCAGCUCAAGGAAGCUCCGACGGGCUGUAGAAUUUCGGGACAGCAGCCAUCCUCGAUCCCGGCGGCCAUCCCGCACAGUCCGGGCUGCAGCUGGCAGGACCCUGACUCCUAACCUGGCCCCCAGCCCAGAUGUGGGACCCCUGCUACAGCAACGGCUGGAGGAGCUAGAUGCAUUGCUCCUAGAGGAGGAAAAAGUGGAUGGGGAGCAGCCUCAUCGGACUUAGGAGCUCCAUCUAUUUGUCUAUCAAUCCAUCCUCAAGGGAGGUGAAACCUCUGAGGCAGUUGUAUUUUUUUCUCUAUAUUUCUAGUAAAGUUUUCCAUAUGUUUCUGAU